CUUCAAUUGGGAAGAUAAUAUAUUUAUAGGCAUGACGGUUCGAUUACAUGUAUACAAAGUCAUGUUUCAAGAGUAUGACAACAACUUGGACAGUCACAGAUAGAAGUUGAAAAGAAGCAUUUAAAGUAGGAAGUUGUAAAACAUUUACAGAGAAGAACUUCCAGGGUCAGAAAUUGUAGAAGUUGUAACUCAAUAGUUGAGGUGUCUGUGAUAGAUAUGAGUGAAAUAGAAAGUGAUAUAGCAAAGCUUCUGGCUGGAGAAAUAGUUGAUACUGGCUCCAUUGAUAUUUCCCACACAUCUGCGUCUUCAGCUGCACCAAAUGUUGAAGACUUUAAACCAGUUGUUAAGCGUACAGUCUGCUAUAUUGUGAUGGCAUUAGUGUUUGAUGAUGCUGGACGUGUGGUAUUGAUACAGGAAGCGAAGCCAAGUUGUAAAGGAUUGUGGUAUAUACCAGCCGGACGGGUUGAACCAGGAGAAAACUUCAUAGAUGCUUGUCACCGUGAGGUGAGAGAAGAGGCCGGGCUUAUUAUCAAUCCUUUAACUUUGUUCAGUGUUGAAAUGUUUGCCAAUGUGGACUUUUAUCGCAUGAUUUAUGUGGGAAAUGUAACUGGAGGAAAGUUGAAAACUUUAGAAGAACAAGAUACAGAAUCUCUGCAGGCUAAAUGGUUUACUGUUGAAGAAAUACUGAAUGGCUGUGUUGAAUUAAGACAUAGUGAUUUCUUUAAGUCAUUAAAGUUGGCACAGAAAUAUAUAUCAUUACCUGCUACCAGUAGACAUCCACAUUACCAAAUAGGCAUUCAACCUCAUUCAUAUUUGCUCUGUAGACCAGUGCUUCUAAAACAAACUCAGGGAAGUUUGGAAGUUUUAUGUCGGACAGAUGAUGGGAAGACAAGAUUACCAUGUGUUAAACUGCACAAGUACCAGUUCAGUCUGUCUGCUGCAAUCACCACUGUGUUCAGGGAUGUAUUCCAGAAAACAGGGUCUGUACUUCACACUAUUAUACCAAUCAGUGGUGUUCUAACUGUAGAGCAUUGUGGGAUACCAGCCAGGGAGCAUGAUGGGCUUUGUGUUACACCUGUGUUUGUGUUACCUGAUGAACUGCAUGAUAAGUUUGAUGAUGUUCCAAACAAGGAUUAUUUAUGGUUUAAAAUAUCAGAUCAAAACAUUUUAGAAGAGUUGACACAUAGAACUUUCUCAGACAAUAUGCUCAUACCUGUUGUAAAGUAGGUUUGACUAUAUUACCUCAUGUUCACUAUUGUAGCAAAUUCACCAUGCCUUUACCAUGUAUGGUAGCGUAAGUAACUAACACGUGUAUGGCAGGGAAAGUAACUACAUUUGAGAAAACAAAUUACUUAUGCAGAAAAUGUUUCAUUGUACACAAAUUGAAAAAAUAUAUGUGAUAUUAUUAAAUCCCACUAUACACCAUAUAUCUGUGAUAUAUUUAAGGAAUAACGUGUAACUGUUGUUUGCUUUAAGGGAUGGCAAUGACUACCAAAGAUUGAAUGUCCAGGUAUCUGUUAACAUAAUUGAUUGUUGAGUACUCCAUACAAAAAAGCAUCUAUUCAUUUUUCUAUUGUAAAUAAAGUAAUAAAUUAUAAAAUAAUUCAGAAUUUCUAAAAUAUAUCUCCUUAAUAGAAACAUUGUUUUAACCUUGUUAAUGUAAUAAUCAUCCAAGCAGAGGUACGAAAAUUUUACUGCAAAUUAACAACAGUUAAUUAGGGCAAGGCAGAGCAACAAGUCUGUUGCUUAUAUCAUAUUAAAUUAUAAAAUUUAGAUACCUAGCAGUGUGUUACUGAAAUGUGUUCCUAGGUACUUUAUAUGUAAACCACUUGAGGGCAAAUUACUUUCAAUGAUAUCAGAUGUAAGUAAUAUUUUUUUCUUGAGAUACUUUGUACUAGAUUAUUUUGUAUAUCACAAUAGAAAAGAAAAUCAAAAGUGAAUCAAGAAUUAUGUAAUUACUAUAAAUUACUGUCUUUGAUCUGGUGUGAUAGAUAGAUCUAUAGAUUAUUAAUGUUAUAUAUUCAAAGUCCCAUGAAAUCUUCUGUCAGUGACCUAGUACUUGAUCAUAAGAAUGUCCCAAGUGCUUGGGUACUGAAAUAGGUAGUCAUUGCCAUCCCUGUGUAUUUUGUCAUUUAUGAUAUUAUAUAUUAAGAUAAAUCAUUAAAACACUUGUUACUAUAUAUAGUAACAAAAUUGCCUAUGAUUUCAACUGAUUAUGAGUGUCACGUGACCGAUUAUCAGUUUGCUGCCCGGGGCUAUAACUGAUAAUCAUAAUCAGCCCGCUGAACAUGAGUACAUGCACAUACUGAAACAAUAAUGCCCUCAGGACAAUUAUUCAUUUCCCAGGCCGAUUAUCACCUUCUGGCCCUACUCUGCCGUGUAUUAAUCUCUUAUUAACCUGAUUAAUAAGUGUAAUAGAUUUGUCCCAUCAGUCCAAUAGCAAAAUACAAUAAUUAAGGCAGCAACAAUGUAGAGCCAGAUAUCAUUGCACAACUAAUAUGCUUGAUUGUAGAAGAGUAUUAAUGUAGAUUAGUGACCAAGAUAUAUAACACAUGUUUUUGUUUCAAGUAUUCCCUUUUGUGAAUUUUUUUGUGGCUUCUUACAUAAUGAAUUUGUGAUGACAGCUCUUGUUGACAAUUUGUUAUAGGUAAUUUCUACCAUAUUUUUAUAUUCUAAAUUAUUUUACUCAUAUGUUUUAGUUUUUAGAAAAAAAUCUUAUUUUAUUUACAAUAUUUGUUUUUUAGUUUUGUUUGUUUGAAACUUGCCAAUUUGCAGAUGAAGAUCUUUUUGUAGGUAAAGGAACAAAUAUUGUGAACACUAUUUAUAUUAUUUUUAAAUGUGUUUUUUUAAAGCUCAGUCUGUUACAAUUUAUGAUAUCUGAAAUUGUGUUUUGUAUGUGUUAUACAGAUUAUAGUAAUGAGAUACAAUUUCCGUGCCAAUUGAAUUGAAUAAAAUUUCUGUGCCAAUUGAAUUAAAUAAAAUUUCUGUGUCAAUUGAAUUGAAUAAAAUGUCAAUUGAAUUGAAUAAAAUCAAGCCAUUGGAUGGAAGAAAGGGCUGGCACCUCACCUACCAGUCCUUUCUUCCAUCUAAUGAGCAUGUAUCUUUACAAGCAUCAUAUAAUGAUUACAUAUGAUACAUAAAUUUGUACAGAUAUUUUGCAAUUUAGAAUCAAAAUUGUAUUUAACCUUUUCCCUUACAUAA